UACACAGUGGAUUCCGAUUUGGGCGGGUGUUAUAUUGGUAGUGUAAAAAAUGGCGUCGACGGUGUGUGUGUCUAGGUGCCGACUUUUAGCUAAAUUAGAAAUAAAUCGUGGUUUGUGUUUAUCUCCAAUAUUUAGGGAUUUGUCUAAUAACAGAGAAUCGUGGUGUCGUCGAUGGCGGCCCGUGCGCCGAUCGCUGUUCACAAGCGUAUGUGCGCAUGGAUCCAAAGCAACGCCUACAAAAAUCGAUCCUGAAAAAUCUGACGGUUUGCUUAUGUGUAGUGAAUGUGACCGCACGUUUAGCACUAAAGCAGGUUAUGCGAGCCAUCUGAGAGCACACCAGCGUCGACGCUCUCAACCGGAAUCCGGAACAGCUGAGGCCGAAUACGAAGUGUCGGUGACGUAUCGGCGGGGGCUGCCUGUGAUAACGGUACCCCUUCCUUCGCGACGCGAAAAAUGCAGGUUCACCCUCCGCCCCGUCUCGCAGACUGUCGGAGACCUCCUGGAACAGGUGAAGGCGGAAGACCGCGGCGUAGAGCGAGCUGUAGCGCUGGCAGGCGAGGACCGCGUUCGCAUCGCAGCCAGCGACACGGUGGAAUCUCUGCUAGAAAACGAUUUUAGGUUGCUCAUUAACGACACGGAGUAUUACGUGAAGAGUCCACCACAGGAGCGUCUAAGCACGGAAGAGAUCACGCGAUUAAGCGACGUGAGGAACUUGGUGAACCAGCUAUACGAGGCUCUCAAUGUACGCGAGCACCAGAUUCGCAAGGAGCGCGAAUUGAGAUCGCAGCUAGAAAAGCUAUCGUCUGAGUUGCAGCCGCUAGAAGAGAAACGCAUGUCACUAGAAGUGGAGACCACUCGGAAGACCUCAGCACUGACGUGGGUGGGUCUGGGGCUAAUGGGGGUGCAGUUCGGAGUGCUGGCGCGACUCACCUGGUGGGAGUACUCUUGGGACAUCAUGGAGCCGGUCACUUACUUUGUGACCUAUGGGACUGCUAUGGCUGCAUAUGCGUACUUUGUUCUUACUAAACAGGAAUAUAUCUUGCCAGACGUGAAGGAUAGACAGCAUCUACUCACACUCCACAAGAAGGCGAAAAAGAUCGGGCUCGAUCUGGCACAAUAUAAUCGUCUUAAGGAUGAGGUAGACAAAUUACAGAAGGAUCUGGCCAGGCUCCGUGACCCAUUACAAAUUCACUUGCCAGGUACAUUGAACACGCCAGACACCAAACGCUCGCCAUUGACCAAAAUAAAGGAUAUGCUCGAGGAGACCACUAAAAAGAUGAAAAUCACGUAAUAUAGACUGUAACGGACGCCACGUCGCGUUUCAUAGUGUAGCUUGUUGCCAAAGAUUUAGAUGGAUAGAUAUGCCCUCGCCUCAGCGUAAAGUGUAAACCACGAGUGAAAUAAAACUACUAUCCGGCCGUUGAAUGUAUGCGUUUCUGACAGAUCGAGAUUAAAAUGACUAUGUAACUUUGAAGUGGCUUCGCUUUACGAUGAAAUAUUUUUACUAUCUAAUGAUGAUUUAUCAUUU